UUUUUGUUUCCAAUGAUAGGAUAGGAAAUAGAAUUGAAAAGGGUUUUCACUGGGUGGGGGCGAAAUUCUCCCCUCUGGUGGGGGUUGCCGCGAAGUGGGGCUGCCUUGGACGCCGCGCCGUGAGGCGGCACCUACUCUCAGUCUUAACCGGCCUCCGGUGCGGGUAGAAAGCGAUUGCCGAAUUUUUAAGUUAAAAAGCCGCUUUCUCACAUUUAAACACGGUUCGUACUCGAAUGGACGGAGUCCCAAUUCAUUUCUAAUUUUAGAUUUUCCCCCCAUAAAUAUUCCCAUAUAAAACAAUCUCGCUCUCGGCCGAAGCAUGUCGCUGUUUUUCUUCCGUCUGCAUACGGUGCGCGCCUGGAGGCGGGAAGCGAGGGUUGGUCAGCGUAAGAAGCGCAACACAGGUGGCUCCGGGCUGGUGGUCGGUUGCGCUGGGACCCUGCCCAUGCGGCGGCCCAACCUGAAUCUCCACUCGUCCUCGAUGUUCGAAAGGCCGCCGGUAACCCCCAGCGACAGCCUCGACGAAGUCGCCUUCAAAAUACCGAGAGUGAGAGUUGAGUACUAUGUUAACGAGAACACGUUCAAAGAGAGGCUGCAAUUGUACUUUAUAAAGAACCAAAGAUCAAGUUUACGAAUUCGCAUAGCAAAUCUAUUUUUUAAACUUCUGUCAUGCCUACUUUACAUUAUAAGGGUCAUAACCGACGACGAUCCCAUACGCGCAACAUGCUACGAAUGCAGCGUUUCGAACAAGUCAGAAUUCUACGUCUCCUACAACCUGACGGAGGAGGCAUUCCAAGAGAACCCGAUAAUAAACUGGGACGCCAUAGUAUGGGUAAAGCGGCCGAUGAUGCUCUGGGUGGUCCAGGUGAUCCUGGCGGCCAUCAGCCUCACGGAGGCAAUGCUCCUGGCCUACCUGGGAUACAAGGGAAACAUUUGGCAGCAACUCCUCUCCUUUCAUUUCGUUCUUGAGCUUGUCAACACGAUACCUUUCGCAGCGACGAUCGCUUAUCCACCUUAUCGUAAUUUGUUCAUACCGGUAUUUCUGAACUGUUGGCUGGCGAAGAAAUCCCUGGAGAACAUGUUUAACGACCUACACAGGGCAAUGCAAAAAUCACAGUCCGCUCUUUCUCAACAGCUAAUGAUACUUUCUGCUACGCUACUGUGCCUUGUAUUCACCAGCGUUUGUGGAAUACAGCAUUUCCAGAGAGCGGGCCACAGACGACUCAACCUUUUCCAGUCGACGUACUACGUCGUCGUGACGUUUUCGACGGUCGGAUAUGGUGAUUUCGUUCCCGACAUCUGGCCUUCUCAGCUUUACAUGGUCAUCAUGAUCUGCGUCGCCCUCAUCGUCCUCCCGACACAGUUCGAACAACUCGCCUUCACCUGGAUGGAAAGGCAGAAGCUCGGUGGGUCGUAUUCCUCGCAUCGAGCCCAGUCAGAAAAGCACGUAGUCGUCUGCAGCACGACUCUUCACGCGGAUACGAUAAUGGAUUUUCUCAAUGAAUUCUACGCUCAUCCUUUACUUCAGGACUAUUACGUAGUUUUGUUAUCGCCGAUGGAAUUGGACACGACUAUGAGGAUGAUCCUGCAGGUGCCGAUCUGGGCACAGCGGGUCAUUUACAUCCAAGGAUCUUGCCUGAAGGACGUCGACCUGGCAAGGGCGAGAAUGAACGAGGCAGAAGCGUGUUUUGUCCUCGCGGCGAGAAACUACGCCGACAAGACUGCAGCAGAUGAGCACACUAUUCUGAGGUCUUGGGCCGUCAAGGAUUUCGCACCCUCCGUCCCUCAAUACGUGCAGAUCUUCCGGCCCGAGAACAAACUCCAUGUCAAGUUCGCGGAGCACGUCGUCUGCGAGGACGAGCUCAAGUACGCCUUACUUGCUAACAACUGCACCUGUCCCGGAGCGUCCACCCUCGUCACCCUCCUCCUUCACACAUCCAGGGGACAAGAAGGACAGACGUCAUCCGAAGAAUGGCACAGGCUCUACGGUAGAUGUUCGGGGAAUGAGAUCUACCAUAUAAGGCUCGAGGAUAGUCGUUUCUUCGGCGAGUACGAAGGGAAAAGCUUCACAUACGCUAGUUUCCAUUCACAUAGAAAGUACGGAGUAGCCCUGGUUGGGGUGCGACCCGCAGAACUGCCGGAGUUCUACGAGGACACGAUACUUCUUAACCCGGGGCCGAGGCAUAUCAUGAAGAAAUCAGACACAUGUUACUACAUGAGCAUAACGAAAGAAGAAAACUCAGCUUUCGUUGUCGCCAACAACCAAGCAGCCAUCCAAGCUGAAGCUUUGCCACAGACCAAGACCGAAGAAACGAUAGAGACGAUGAUAUCGACUCCCAAGACGAAAGACACCGGGGGCAGCGGAGGGACGCCGGUGAACGUUAGCCAGGAUUCUGCCAGUAGUGGCUGCCCACAGGGGAACCACUUAGGACUCCCGAAGCCGGAAAACAACCCGAAUCUACUCAGCCCCGAGAUUCUGAACCAAAGGCGUGGUAGCAGGAGGCCCAGCAUCCUCCCCGUCCCGGACAUGUUCACCUCAUCAAGCCUCAAUAUUUCCACCACGCCUCAGGAUGAAAUCGACGAGUCCGAAGACGAAAUGGAAGACGACGUCCCGUGGAGAUCGCCCAGCGAGAAAAUCGCAUAUUUUGGCAUUUCAAAAUUCCAUAUCUCUGUCUCGGAUGCGGACGAACCUGCCUUCACGACCAGUACCGAUUGGAGGGCGGAGAUCAAAAGGAUUGUGAAGGGGUUUCCACCAGUAUCGCCCUACAUUGGCGUCAGUCCGACGCUCUGCUAUCUGCUCAAAGAGAAGAAACCGCUCUGUUGCUUACAACUAGCGCAGGUUUGUGAGCAUUGUACACACAGAAAUGCGAAAGAGUACAACUGGCAAAACAAGACUAUAAUCCUAGCAGCAGAUUAUGCAUCAAACGGAAUAUACAAUUUUAUAAUUCCACUCCGUGCGCACUUUCGCUCAAAGAAUUCUCUGAACCCUAUUAUUUUGUUACUUGAAAGGAGACCCGACAUUGCUUUUCUUGAUUCUGUGUCCUACUUUCCUCUUAUAUAUUGGAUGCUAGGAUCUAUCGAUUGUUUGGAUGACUUAUUAAGAGCAGGAAUCACAUUGGCAGAAAAUGUCGUUGUUGUUAACAAAGAGCUGUCAAAUUCGGCUGAAGAGGACACACUUGCAGACUGUAACACAAUUGUUGCAGUGCAGACAAUGUUUAAGUUUUUUCCGAGUAUAAAAAGUAUAACUGAGCUUUCCCAGAGUUCAAAUAUGAGGUUCAUGCAGUUUAGAGCACAUGACCGAUAUGCUCUCCACCUCAGUAAAAUGGAAAAGGGUGGCAAAACUUGUAAGAACUGGUUCCACUACCCGCAAGAUCAAUUUGAUUUAUCUGAAUUUUAUUCGACAAAAAGAGAGAAGGAAAGAGGAUCACAUAUAUCGUACAUGUUCAGGCUACCUUUCGCUGCAGGCAGUGUCUUCAGCGCAAGCAUGCUCGACACACUUCUAUACCAGGCGUUUGUCAAAGAUUAUGUCAUAACAUUCGUGAGACUCCUACUUGGUGUUGACCAAGCCCCUGGAUCAGGAUUUCUCACUUCUAUGAAAAUAACAAAAGAAGACAUGUGGAUCAGGACAUAUGGCCGGUUAUACCAGAAACUUUGCUCAACCACUUGUGAGAUACCGAUUGGUAUUUAUAGGACACAAGACACCUCUACAACUGGAUCACCACAGGAACCUUGUUCAGCGGAAGGAAGCAUGGCAUACCAGCCUCUGCCGACCAACUGUGGGGCGAACAGCGCUUCUCAGCAUUCUAUGCCCACAAAGGCCAGAGGUCGUUGGAAAAAGUAUUCAAUAAACAUUGGUGAUGAGGCAAAGGAUAACCACAAUGAGAUGAUUGAAAGAGCUGAAAUUGCAAAUUUAGUCAGGUCAAGGAUGGAGAGCUUGAAUUUGCCUUCGAUCGACUACGAUGAUGUGAGUGAGAAAAGGUCUUCACUGAGCUAUGUCAUCAUCAACCCGAGUUGUGAUCUGAAGCUGGAAGAAGGGGACAUUAUAUAUUUGAUAAGGCCAAGCCCUUUUUCGGCACAGAAGACUUUCGAAAGGCACAACUCGAGGCGUAAGUCUAAUAUUAGCUUCUGCUCGACGCAAAUGCUAGGAGCUGCGGCCGGCUCAAGGAGAGGAUCUGGGCAAUAUUUUCCACCGCCACCUCGUGCGCCUCCAUUGGCCACAACUAAAGCGAACUCCCUCAGCCUACCGGAUUCUCCAACUGUCGCCGGGACCUUCCGGGGCAGGUCCAACUCUUUGAGAGUUGUAGAUGAUAUUCUUAUGAGACGAAGUAACUCUCUGAGGCAGGGUCUGGCAAUGAGAAAGAGCAGUCUUGAAGAAAUCGGCAUCGGACAUUAUCCAACGAUGACUCCUCUGCCGGUGGAGACAUCAGGGAUCAAAAUAGCUCUAAACGGCAGCAUAGGCUUGGAGGUGACUCCUCCAGAGGAAAAUUCUUCGCCUAGCAUAUCUAGCAACACUGGCUUGCUUGUCGGUCCGACAGGCACCCAGGAGUCUCUUCAGGGGACGAUCGUAUGAUAUAACCUGAUGUGGGGCAGACGGCUUCCCCAAGGAGGACCUCCGACGAGGAACAAAUGGCUCUGAUCUCAGUCCAAUGUGCAGCACAAUCCUCUGGGAGUGCGGCACAUGUAAGAAUUCGCAAAUUUUUAAAAAUGCUUCAUUUAUUGGAUUGGGCACCAGUUAGUAAUGAAGAUCUGGACACUAAAUACUUGUCUCUGACCAAAGAAAAACUGAAAAACGUGUGUGCUGUUGCCUGCUUCGACUACCUUCUACGCUCGUCUAGUGUAUACAGUCAUAUUU